AUUACACGGAAGCUAAUAACCGUUUGUUUUGGAUUUUUAAAACCAGUAUUUCUAAUGUAUUUCAGUGUUUUUGAAUUAUUUUUGGAUUACAUUCGCUAGAUAUGGAUCAUAUGUGUGUGUAGAGACAUACAGGGGCUGUCUGUGGUGUUAAGGGAGCCCCACAGGGCGGAUUUAUUUUCAUCUAGGGUACAGGAAAAAUUCGUCCAAAAUGGCGGAUCUUGAAGCAGUACUCGCGGAUGUGAGCUAUUUAAUGGCAAUGGAGAAGAGCAAAUCGACUCCAGCCGCACGUGCAAGCAAGAAAAUAGUGCUUCCAGAUCCCAGUGUAAGAAGUGUUAUGCAUAAACAUCUGAUGAAAAUGGGAGAAGUGACGUUUGAUAAGAUCUUUAAUCAGAAAUUAGGAUAUUUGUUAUUCAAGCAAUUCUGUGAAGAACAGUGUGAUGUUCCAGUCCCACAGUUGAAAUUUUAUGAUGAGAUUAAAAAAUUUGAAAAUUUAGAGACAGACGAAGAACGAAUAACAAAAGGAAAAGAGAUAUAUGAUCAGUAUAUCAUGAAGGAGCUUCUUUCACAGGCUCAUACUUAUUCAAAAGAAGCAGUAGAGCAUGUUCAAGAAGCAUUAACUAUGGCACAACGAAGUAAAACACUUGAUAAGGACAUCUUUGAGAGCUAUUCUAGGACAGCUUUAGAAAGUGUACGAGAGCAAUUAACUCAGACCCAGCGUACAAGAAAGUUAAGUCCCAAUUUGUUCGAGCCAUAUUUAGAAGAAAUAAAGAACUCAUUGCGAGGCUAUAUAUUUGAGAAAAGUUUACAAAGUGACAAGUACACAAGAUUUUGUCAGUGGAAAAAUUUAGAAUUGAACAUUCAGUUGACAAUGAAUGACUUUAGUGUUCAUAGAAUUAUUGGCAGAGGAGGUUUUGGUGAAGUUUAUGGGUGCAGGAAGGCAGACACUGGUAAAAUGUAUGCCAUGAAGUGUUUAGACAAAAAACGAAUAAAGAUGAAAGGUGGUGAAACAUUAGCGUUAAAUGAAAGAAUAAUGCUGUCUCUAGUCAGUACAGGGGAGGGAAGCCCAUUUAUAGUGUGCAUGACGUAUGCCUUUCAGACUCCAGAAAAACUGUGCUUUAUAUUAGAUUUAAUGAAUGGUGGCGACUUACAUUAUCACCUGUCACAACAUGGUGUCUUCCUUGAAAAGGAGGUCCGCUUUUAUGCAGCGGAAGUCAUCCUAGGCCUAGAGCAUAUGCACAGUCGUUUUGUUGUCUAUAGGGAUUUAAAGCCAGCAAAUAUAUUACUUGAUGAAAAUGGUCAUGUACGAAUAUCAGAUUUAGGACUUGCCUGUGAUUUUUCCAAAAAGAAACCUCAUGCCAGUGUGGGCACGCAUGGUUAUAUGGCACCAGAAGUGUUACAGAAGGGUACCGCAUACGAUUCCAGUGCAGAUUGGUUCUCCUUUGGUUGCAUGCUUUAUAAAUUGUUAAAAGGACAUAGUCCAUUUAGACAACACAAAACCAAAGAUAAACAUGAAAUAGACCGAAUGACUAUGACAAUGAAUGUUGAUCUCCCAGACUCGAUGUCACCCGAGAUGAAAUCGUUGCUCGAAGGAUUGUUACGACGUGAUGUAGAGGAACGACUAGGAUGUCAAGGGAGAGGAGCUCAAGAGGUGAAAGAACACCCAUUUUUCAAGUCAAUAGACUGGAAUCAGGUCUACUUGCAAAAAUAUCCCCCACCAUUGAUACCCCCACGAGGUGAGGUGAAUGCUGCAGACGCAUUUGAUAUUGGCUCAUUUGAUGAGGAAGAUACAAAAGGAAUUAAAUUAACAGAGGCAGAUCAAGAACUAUACAAAAAUUUUCCUAUGGUUGUUUCGGAGCGUUGGCAGCAGGAAGUUGCAGAGACCGUGUUUGAUGCAAUCAACACAGAAACUGAUAAAAUUGAACAGAAGAAAAAACAGAAACCAAGAAUAGAUGAAUUGGAAGAUGGUCCUACAGAUUGUAUAGUCGAAGGUGAGGUUUUGAAACUUGGUGGACCAUUUUUACAGACGUGGCAGAAGAAACAUUUGAAACUAUACCCCAACAGACUAGAAUUUUACCACAAAAACCGAGACGGACAGGUGGUGCGAGGGAAAGGCGUGGAGCUGGUAUCCAUGCUUGAUAUCAAGGAAAUUUACCCAGAAUUCCAGAAAAUCAACAAAACAGACAAUUGUAUUGUGCUUGUUUUGAAAAACGAACAGAAACUAGCUAUUACCUCACCGGAUAAAGUUUUAAUCAACCAAUGGAAAGAUGAGAUCUUAAAUGGAUUUAAAUUGUCUACUCAGAUUAUGGCAAAUAUGAACAAAAAAGCUAGCAAAAUGUAUGGAGCAGAAAUUAAUAGCAGUUCAAAUGCAGACAACUACAGACCACCUUUAGAGCAUAGAAAUAGCAAUGGAAGUUAGGGCUCAUUGGAUUGGAGAUUUAGUUAGGUCUAAAAAUAGGAGAAAAGUUUUUAAAAUGUUACAUAGAAAUGUGAUUGGUUACUUUUCUGUUGCUAUGAGAAAAGGGCGGAGCUAUCACUGUGACGAUCAUUUUUGAUUGACAGAUUAGACUGUACCAGUUCAACCAGAGGGAUAAAACUGAUGGAAGAGUUUUCUUUUCUUUUUUAGCAAAUUUUGAAUUAACAGAUAAUGUUUUGUGUUGUUAUGUUAGCAGGUAUUUAUAGUAUGAAUGUGCUCUUGAGUGAAAAGUUGAAGGGUUGGAUUAACCCUAUCUACUCUUUUUUAAUCUAGUAAAUGGACUCUUCUCUCUUACUUAUUGAUUAUCCGGCUUUGGACUUCAGGAAAAUAAGGGUAAAUUUUAAUGAAUCAUUAUAUAAAGUAAUAAUUUCUGCUAGUGCCAGACUGAUAGAUCUAAGUAUCUAUCAUUUCAUAUUUUUUAAGAAUUCUUUUUGGUUUGUUUUUAAGCUGAAAAAUUACAUUCAGAGUCUCAUAUUCAACUCUUCUUUAUAUAAUGAAUCAUUCCUCUGUCAAAUUUUGAAUCUCUUCAUGUUAAACUUUAGGGGUGUCAGGAUGAAAAUCAUUCACACACUUUGCAUUGUAGUCGCUUUCAUUUUGGUCACUCUUUUUUGUUCAUCAUUUAGAAUGCAUGGUAUUUUGUUGCUGGUUAUUAGGUUUUUAAAGACUGGAUGAAAUAUACAUAAUUCUUCCAUGUUUCCAUAGUGAUAUUUUGAGAAAAUUUAGAGUAAGUGCAUCUUAUUUGUUAUGACAGACAUAGGCCGACAAUAAAUAUUUAUGAGGCUAGAGUGAAUUGGUAUGCAUAAUUAAGGACAGAGAUAUGAAUUGGUAAGAAUAAUCUAGGACAAGAAAGUAUAUAUUAACACUCUGAAGACAGUUUAGGUCAGAAGUAUGUGUUUCUAAGCAUAAUUUAGGACAAAAAUGUGAUCAAGGACUACAGUUUAAAUUUGUAAGCAUGAUUGAGAAGGGACUUUAGACCAGUGUUUUUUUUCUCUCCAGUAACUUUAAUUGAUAAAGAAUAUUUUUUAUGGAUUUUACACUUUUUUUUAUUUUAUGCUUUUCAGUGCUGAAAUUUAUCAGUGAUAUAAAAUUGAUAUUUUCACUGUUAUAGAACUGACAGUUUUUCAACAUGCAUGUAUAUAUUGGGACGUCAUGACAUUAUGACAUCAUGAUGCGAUGCAUGUGGCAUUGCAGGGGUAGACUGAAUAUAAUUUAAUUAAAAUCAUUGGAAAUAUAUAAAACAAAAAGAAAAUUUGCUUGUUUCAGUGUAAGAUCAAAAUAUAUUUCACUGGUGAACACCAUAAUUUACAUUUUCACUAAUGGCUGCACCACUCGUGAAAAUAUUGCAUUAUAGUGUUCACUCGAUAAGAUAUAUUUCAAUCUUACACUGUAACAUACAAAUAUCCUCUAUUUAUCACAGCAAGACAUCCCACAGAUACAAUAUCGCUAUGAAAGAAAAUUAUUUCAUCUAUUCUAUUCUAUUUAUAGAGAGCUCAAUGCGUCUGGGAGAGUUAAAUGUGAUGUAUCAUUUUGGUAAGCAAUAAUUAUCUAAAUGGGUUUCAGAUUGGCUUACCAUCUUAAAAGAUAUUUAUCUUAAGGUAUUUGCCAUUAUCUUCGAAGUGUCGCGUUUUAUUUCUCUGAAAUAAAAUGGGGAAAUUUAAGAGCAUAAAUGUUCCAACUUAACACCAAUAAAUGAUAUUGAUUCAGUAUUGCCUAAAGAAAAUUGGUAUUUGAAAUUGAAAUCGUGUUUCAUUUUAGGAAAUAUUUUAUAAAUAGUGAUGAUAUUAGUGAAGGUUUCGUCUCGUUGAAUGUGUGCAAUGUUCCACGUAAAUGUAUCCACCUUGUGUAUAAUUGAUUGUGGGGAUAUUAUAAAGGGGAUGAAUAUUGCCUCCAUUUCAUAAAAAAAAUUCUGAAGAAGGUGGUCAUGAUUGCAUUUUGGCGAAAAAUUGCGUUAUCAUGACAUAUUUUAAAGGUGUAUUAGAUCUAAAUGUCAUAUAUAAAAAACAUGAACAAUUACUUCAUAUAGUUUAUAUAAACAUAAAAUUAGUAAGUUUAUGUGCAUUAACAGUACUAUGCAUUAAGGUUUAAAAUGGUACACACCAUAUGCAUGUAUAGAUAAACACAGUAUAAAUGUGUAGUACCAUUAAAAAAACCUGCCUGCAGUUGUUUCUGCAUCUCUUUUUGUUUUUAAAGAUCUGAGAGUUCAUAUGAGCCGCGCCAUGAGAAAACAUCAUAGUGCGUUUGUGACCAGCAUGGAUCCAGACCAGCCUGCGCAUUCACACAGUCUGGUCAGGAUCCAUGCUGUUCGCUAACGGCUUCUCUAAUUGCACUAGGCUCUGAAAGUGAAUAGCAUGGAUCAUGAAGGGACUGCGCAGAUGCGCAGGCUGGUCUAGAUCCAUGCUGUUCGUAAAUGCACUAUGUUGGUUUUCUCAUGGUUCGGCUCAAUUAUAUGUAAAGUUGUGUGUUAAAUUCAAAUAAUUAACUCAAUAUGUGUAUUUCGCAAGUGUAGGCCAAAACUCCUGGAAAAAAUACCUUCUACUGAUUUUUGAAUAAGUGGAAAAAAAUAUUCCCAUAAAUUUGCUUCUUUUCUUUAUUUCAAAAUAAGUGCAGGGAUGGUUACUAAAAUUAAUGCCUAAAAGUAGUUGGUGAUGGUUAGAUAUGAAAAUAUUUUCAUAAAUUCUUUGCUUAACCCUUAACAUUCUCUACCUUUGCGACCAGUGCAGGUCAUGAUCAGACUGUUUGCCAUUCAGUCAGUAUAUUUUUGGUAUGCACCCCUUUUAGCAGUUAAUGGUAACCAAAUUGAAAGAGGGACAAGUUCAUUAUAGAAAUUUAGCAGGGUAAGGGUUAACUGUGAAAUAUGUGGGAGAGGUUUUGAUGUCUUUGUGAAAUAUCAGCAGAUUAGGUUUUGUCUGGCUCCUACAACUUGUGCAAGUGAUAAACAUAGUUACAAACACAUGUUCAAUAUACCCAGCAUUUAGAGAUAAUUUUGCUCCUCCAGAAAACCAUAUAGUUUUUUUUUUGUACUACCUAUUUUUCAGGGAAAAAAAUGUAAUGAUAUUUAAUCUAAGUAAGUACAUCUGUAUUCUCAUAAGAAAAUGUAUAGGUAUAUUCUCAAGAGUUUUAGAUAGAAUCUCAUUGCUAUAUAAGCCUGUCUCAGCUUGCAACAUUUUUCAUCAAUUUUUUCCGUCACAUUUUUUAUUCGCGCAUAUAGAUAUUGGUAGUAGACAAUAUUAACAAUAGCAUAAUCAUUUCAUCAGGUGAAAUACAUAUCAUCGGAAUGAGUUUAAUGUGUUUUUUUUUUUUUUUUUUCAUUUUUUUUUCUAUAGUUUAGUUCUAUAGUUUAGUUGAAACUUAAACUUUAAAAGAAUGAGUCUAGUCACGCUAGUUUACAGGAGAAACCAUAUAGGUUACGCGCUAGUUUCAGUUAUGGAUUUUCAUCAUGUUUUAUGGUGUACAUGUGUAGUAUUAUUAUUUCUAUAAAAUCAAAGUACCGAAAGCACUGGUAGGAUAGAACAUGAGGUAAAUUGCUUGUAUGUGUUUGUUUGGCUGGAACUAUAAUUUGAUCUACCUUUACACUACUAUGAUCAGUCUUUCCAUUGCAGUAAGCCUGUAAAAUAUCUUAUAAUACAUAAUUUUUCUAUAAUUUUUAAACUGGAAAAAAGUCUUACUUUCUUUUGUAUAAAUUUUGGAAAACGUUUAGAUGUUCAGACUAUUAUAGCUUUAAUUCUAUUCAUACACCUCAACAAAAUCAACCCUAGGCAAAUGAGAAUAUAAGGAGGGUAUGACAAAGGUUCUGACUCCCAGUUUUUGAAAACUUUGAUAACCAUGAGCCGAUAGGUCAUUUUGUAUAGUGUUCUUCAUUUUGAGUUUAGGUGAGACCUUUCAUAUACUCUUCAUUCACUUUAGAAGAAAAAUGUAUGUGAGACCUUUCCGUCAUAUACUUAAACUAUUUGAGUUGUAUGAGAUUUUUAUCCCUUCAUUAUUCUGUAAUGUAUUCGAUAAAAAAUCUUUAUUUACAUAUGAAGUGUUCCGUUUUAGAUAUAUCUGUACUCUUACCUAUUGUUACGACUUGGUGCUUUGGAUAUAUUCCGUUUUCAGAUGCCAUGUUUUCCUAGUUUUAUACUAACUUUCACUUUUCACUGUUUCAAAAUGUUAACACUAUUUAACUUUGAAUGUUCUGUUGUGGUUGUCCGCAAUUUAUCAUGUUUUGAUUUCCAUCAGAAUUUGUUGAAAUGGUUACUUUAAAACACACGAGCCUCUGUGGCUGACUUGGAAGUAUUUGCCUUUCACCCAUUGUUUCACACCUAGAUUAGGUCAUCACAUGCGAGAAAGCCAUCCAGCUGGCUUAUGGAAGGUCAGUGGUUCUAACUGGUGCUGGCCUGCACCAGAAAUAAUACUCUCUGGGACUUAAUCCACCAUCUUGAUUUAUGUAAAUGUUGAAGUCUUUAUAUUCACUAAUCAUAUUGAAAUUGUUUUCACCUUAAAAGGACAUAAACAUUAAAAAAAAAAUUUUUUUUUAAACAAAUUGCAAUUGGUAUUGGAUAUCCAAAAUGAUUAACUGGCAAUUGGUAUGGGAUAUUGAAAAUGAUAAACCAGCAUUUGGUGUUGGAUAUCAUAAAUGAUAAACCAGCAUUUAAUAUUGGAUAUCAAAAAUUAUAAACUAGCAUUUGGUAUUGAAUAUUGAAAAUGGUAAACCAGCAUUUGGUAUUGAAUAUUGAAAAUGAUAUGAGCCGUGCCAUGGGAAAACCAACAUAGUGGGUAUGUGACCAGCAUGGAUCCAGACCAGCCUGCGCAUCUGCGCAGUCUGGUCAGGAUCCAUGCUGUUCGCUAAUAGUUUCUCCAAUUCCAAUAGGCUUUAAAAGCGAACAGCAUGGAGCCUGACCAGACUGCGCGGAUGCGCAGGCUGGUCUGGAUCCAUGCUGGUCGCAUACCCACUAUGUUGGUUUUCUCAUGGCACGGCUCAUAUAUCAACAUUUGAUACUGGAUAUCAAAAAUGUAUGCUUUGGGAUGCAUUGUCUUGCCCAUCUUCGUUCAAUUCCCCAGAUGAAUGUCAGAAUACAAUAUUUGUAAAACAAAUAGAAAGAUUUCUAAAUGGUUGAAGAUAUAUAAAUGAACACUCAUAAAAUGAUUAUUUUGUAUCACAAGAAAUCAUUUAUUUUCUUUGGCAAUCAAUUUUAUGGUUUUGUCCAAAAUAGCUAUUUUUGUGGGGAUUAUGUGGAUUUUGAUCUUUGAACAUGACACACACCACCCAAGCCAUUGAUUCCACAGUAUUCAGGAAAGUGAUGCUUAGUUUAUAUUAUUUUUGCUUUAAGAUAGUUUAAAAUGUCAAAUUUGAGAGAAAUUAGUGAAAAUUGCAGUCAGUAGAUGGAAACUAUUUCAAAUGGAAGAUUUGAAAUUGUUUGGAUUUAGAUGCAGCUUGGCAAAACUCUAAAAAAAUGGCAAGUGUACAUUAAAUGGUGCAAGAUGACAAAAAAGUAUGUUUUAAUGUUAUUUAGAAGUGGUAAAUUUCAAACCUACAACCUGCAUUUUAAUUGAGCCGAACCAGUCCGUUAUAUCCGAAAGUAAAGGGAAACAAAUACUGCUAUAUGUUAUGAAAUGCUAUGUGGUGCUUAUCUCCCUUUGGUUACUCAUUUUUUAAUUGAUUUUUAGCUCACCUGUCACAAAGUGUAUUAUUCGCACAGUCUGGUAAGGGUUCAUGCUGUUCACUUUCAAAGCCUAUUGCAAUUAGAGAAACCAUUAGUGAACAGCAUGGAUCCUGAUCAGACUGUGCGGAUGUGGAGGCUGGUCUGGAUCCAUGCUGGUCGCAAACGCACUAUGUUGUUUCUCUGGUACAGCUGAUACUAAAAAUGAGUUUGUGUCUGGUAGCAUAACCACUUCUAACAGUGAAGUAUGCUGACACAUACACAAUAGACUUUCUUCAUUUCUGGAGUGUAUAUGUUUUUGACCAUCUUUGCAUUUGUGCAAGAGUAAAUGUAUAAAAUGUUUUAUGUUUCUGAGCCCAGUUCUUGUAUAUAUUUAGAAAAACAGGUGUUUCUAUUAUAAUGAUGUUGACUUUGAAUUUAUAGCAUUUUGUAAAAAAAUUUAGUAAUUUAAAUUUUAUAAUUGGGUGUACAUAUAUAAUAGUUUCUUCAUAUUUUGUAUGUAUUAUUGUUAUUUAAGAAUUAACUUUUAAUGUGUUCUUUGUUUUUUUUAUUUGGUUACUUUCUUUUAUAUAUACAUAUUCAUGAAAAAAAUAUGGAAUCCAUUUUGAAUGUUGCAUGAUGGGAUUUAGCAAUUUUUAUUUGUUACUAAAAGUAGAAGUUUGAUGUAUGCUAUUCAAGGAUGAUUUUGAUUGGGUCCUAGGCUUUAAAAUUGAGAUUGAAGACCAGUCUCAAAUCCUGCACAUGUGAUUGGCUGUUUCUGAGCACAAAUUUGAAAUUAACCAAUAGCAAGGCUGCAAUCAGAGACUGGUCUUCAAAUUCUGUUUUAUAACCUUGGUGCCAGAUGUUUUAACAGGGAUAUUUUAUAAAGAGCUAAGCAGUCACCAAUGAGUCAGAUUUCCUGCUUGCUGCCACUGUCGUCUGCUGCUGUGUUCUAUGUUAGUCAGAGUGACAUGAAACCAGUCGUGCAUCUUUUACAUGUAAAAGUAUUGUAUAUUAUGCGCAUCAUACAGAAAAAAACACUUCAGUACAUUGGUAGCUUGUUUUUUUGUCCUUAUACAUGUAAAACUGUAAGACCCCUUAAUAGAUUGGUCACUGUAAUGAUCAAUUGUAAGUAUGCAAGUUCAGAAAAAAGCAAGCUUUGUGAAAUUAAAAUAUUUCAAAUAAUUUACAAGCAAAGAAAUAACAAUUCAGAUGAUUUCAAUGCCAAUUUGCAUCUUUAUAAAAUGUUUUCAGCAUUUUCCAUAACAUUCUGUGUAUAGAUAUGCCAUAUCUGUACCCAUUUUAAUUCAAACAGAGGCUUGAUUUUGUUAUAUGUCAUAUUGAACUAUGUUAUUGUUACACAUCAUAUUCGUAAAUAUGGGAUAUUUAUUUUUCAUUUUGAAAUCAGUUCUGGCUUUGAAAGUUUUCUUAUUAACAUACUGGUUUUACAAGAUGUGUAAACAGAAUUUGUUUGGCAAUAUAUUAGGUACUUGCUGUUACAUAUUUUCACUGAUUCUUUACUAUAAAUAUCUGUUUCUGUAGAAAAAUGUGUGGAAAAAAUUGUUUGAUUCCUUAAAAUCAGUUUCAGAGUAGUGAAAUAGAAGUUUGCAUGACCAGAAAAGUGUUCCGACUCGUGUAGUUUACGUACACUUUCAGAACUUUUUUUUCCAUUUUGGAACAUUUAAAGAUAAAGUCUGGAAAUUACUAAUCAUAUUUUUUUUUGCCUCUUUAAAACAAAUUGUCAACCUCUCAUAUGAUUGAAAUGCAAUUCAAUUUUCAUCAUAGUACUUAAGCUGUCAGAAAAUCAGAACUUUUCUGUCAGAGUAAUCGAGUCUAAAGUCAUAACACUGAGUUUGGAGACCAAUCUAGGAAUGCAGCCUUGCCAUUGGUCAAAUUUAAAAUUAUGCUCACAAGCACAGCCAAUCAAAUGCAUAAGUUUGUAGACUGGUCUCAAAACUCACAGAUUUUGGAGAUUUUAUAUGUAAACAAAGCAGUAAGGAAUUGUAUGGUUACAUUACACAAAAUGUUAAGUGUUUAUUGUUCAAGGAUGAAUCAUUGCAUGAUUUUUGUUCUGUUCUGAAAAAGACAAAACCUGUUUUAUUAUAACUUUUGUUUGAAUUGGAGUAUUUGAAAUAAUUUAAAAAGAGCUCCUAGUUUGAAAGAAGUUGUAAAAUUAUUCUCUUCUAUUGUCUGUUUGCUUGUAAAAGAUACACUGAUAUUUUGAGUGUUUUAGAAAACAUAGAUACAUUUAUGGUUUGCCAGCAGAGAAAAAUGUGCAUAGCAUAUGUGGCCAGCUCUUUAAUCUUAUAUAUGGCAAUGUAUACACAGCAUACGUUGCCUUAAUGAAGAGCAAACUGUGUAUUGUAAUCUCACAUAUGGUAAUUUAUACACAGCAUAUGUGUAUUUAAAGUUUUAUACAUGCUUCUGAGUAAUCGGUCAUGAAAGGCAUAUGCAAUGUAUUACUGAAUGGUUCUAGACUAAACAAGUCCUUAAUAGGACUUUCUAAAAAUGUCUUUAUUAUAAUUUGUAAAUCAACAUACUGUUUCAUUACACAUGUUGGUCUGUCACCAAGUUAAUAGAACUUAAAACAGGAUACCAGUCCAAGAAUGCAGCUCUGCCAUUGGUCAGUUUCAGGUUUCAGUUCAAAAACAGCCAAUCAGAUACUGUACUUUUGAGACUGGUCCCCAGCUUUUUUCAGUUCAACUGCAGUAGCCUCAUUUUAAACACACAUACCUUUAUUGUGUAACAAAUGUUUGUCAUUUUAAAGAAUUAUUGCAAGAGAAAUACUUUAUCAUUAAAUUGAAUCACAAUUGCUAAAGAAAUGUAUAUAAUAUCAUUACUGAAGAAAUGUUUAUCUUUAUUUGAAACAUUAUAAUGUAGUAAAUGUUUAUCCUUGUUUGAAACAUCAGGCAAUAAAUGUUUAUCCAUGACUGAAACGUCAUCUAAGGCAGUUAUCUUAUCUUUCAGUUUUAACUGAAAUUUCAUCACAUCUUCUAGAUGGAAAAGAAUUUCAAAGAAAGUGUAAUCAUUCCAUUGAAAUCUGACUACUGAAGAAGCAUUGAUCCUUAAUAAUUGAAACCAAAGUUACCAUGGAAAUGUUUUUGCCUUUAUUGAAAAAUGUUAACACUGUAAACAUGGUUGAUAAGCAUGCCUCUAGAUUUAUAUUUUUUUAAAUAGAAAGUACAUACUUGUGUUUAUAUAUGAAUAAAGAUGCAGAAAUAUUAGGCUGAAGUUAAACGAUUUAUUGUUAUAAUGCAUAAGAAAUGCUGGAUAAAAGGGGGCUGCACUAGAGGGGUUAUCACCAUUUAUAAAGGGGAAGUUGCAAUAUUUAAGGUGUUCUGAAUAAUUUUGAAGAAUUGGAAAAUACGUAGUGGCUGUAGAAAUUAUAAAUAUUUGACAAGAGGCAAUGAAGAUAUUUAUAGGGUUAUAAGCUUUGCAACAUGCAUUGAGAAAUAUGCACAAAUUCUACAGAUAAAGAUACAUUUUAAAUAUUGAAAUGAAGUAUUUUCAUACUUCAUCCUUAUUUGUUUAUUUGUUUUGGCUGUUGUAACAGGCUUUGACAGGGAAAAAAUGUUUGUCUAGAAAGUCUGGAAGUUAUUUUCAUGGAUCUAGCUCUGUUAUUAGGCUAAUGUCAUUCUGUAUAUUCUCUAAUUAACUACUUCCCCCUUGAUAAACAACUCCCUGCAUUUUCCACACAAUAAAGAAACAAAAAAAAAAGGUCAUGAUUGAAUACAAGCACUUAGAUAGUGUUUAAAUACAUUCAUUUGAUGUUUGAUUUACAGUUAACAUUUUUUUUUAGGGACUUAAUAAACACCCCAUAUUUGCAAAAUGUAAUGUCCCUUGGGGGAAUUUACAAGCGAAUAUACGGUAUGUCAAAAAAAAAAAUAGUCCCCUGUUCAGGGAGAACAAUUUUAAAACAUCCAUUAUUCAGGGUUUAUUUUCCAUUUGUCAUAUUGUUUAAAUAAAUCUGUAUUGGUUCUAGAAUCUCAAUACUGGCCAGCAGCUUCAUGCAAGCGGCCUUGGGCCAAUAUGUCGGACCUUGGGUCUCUCGCAAGGCCAGUAUGAAAACAAAUAUAUUGACAUUAUAAAGCUGGAAGUAUGUAUGUUCCCUUAAUCUAUGUAUUACAAAUAUUUUUAUAUAUGGAGACCAGUCUAACCGGCCUCUUAGAUAAACAAGGGAUUUUUUAUUUGUUAGUUGCUUUAUAAAAUUUUGAAAUAAAUUAAACAGCUUCUUAUAAGAAAUUAAUUUUUGGUAAUGCAAACUAAUUGUUUAUUUCCAAAACUAAAUGUAUAUUUGUUAGUUUUGAGUUUUGUUACCAAAAAGCAGUUUCGAUGUAACAGCAUUUUCAUUUUGGAAACCAAAAUGUUUCUAAAACUGUAAUUUCGAUCCCAUUGGCUUUGAAGUGUGGGAUGGUUUAGAUACCUGUGGCAUAAAAGUGAUAUUUUGAUAUUGAAAUCAUGUAAAUUUUCAGGAAAUAAAUUAUUUUUAAAAUUUCUAUGUGAUAGCAUAAUUUCAUGUAAGUAUUUCCUAGAAAAAAAACAAACAAAAAAACAGGUGUCCGUAAAUUAAUAUGCUUAUAGAUUUCUGAAAAGUUUAAACAGUUCUUUUCCUAAAUUUUUUUAUAGAAUGAAGGAAAGGUUUUGGUUUACUGGUAAUAACUAAAUCUUCUAGAAAGAAACCCUGCUACAGAAUUGUUUAAUCAGAAAGUACCAGUAGUAAUGUAAGAAUGUUUUUUGAUAUUUGGGCUGGAUGCAACUUACUUGUCUGCAUUGUUUUAAACAUGAAAGUUUAUGUAUAGUUUGCAUGUUUUUUUGUGUAGGUUGGCUGCUAAUGUAUGAUAAAAUUCAGUGAAGAAUUAAGGUGGUCCACCCAUUCAGUGAAGAAUUAAGGUGGUGCACCCAUUCAGUGAAGAAUUAAGGUGGUGCACCCAUUCAGUGAAGAAUUAAGGUAGUGCACCCAUUCAGCAAAGGAGUAAGAUAGUGCACCCAUUCAUUGAGGGAUUAAGGUGAUGCAUCCAUUCAGUGCAGAAUUAAGGUCGUGCACCCAUGUUGGCAACUGGCAAUUUCCAGUCUAUUAAUACGUAUUCUCUGAAUGCUAUUUCAGCAUUUUCCAGUUGUUAGGGAAAGCCGUGACCUCUCAUGAGCUGUAUUUCGAGAAUUGAUACAGAGAACUGUAUUAACUAGUUUGAGUUACAUCAGUUUUCUCUUCAGUCUCGAUUUAUGGACGAAGAAUGUUGAAAUAAGCAGUACCGGUAUAUGCAAUUGCCAGGAAAUUGCAAAUUUUUCAUGACAUGUUCAUUACUUUUAUUACCAAGAAAAUGAAGUCAUUAUAUCCCAAAGUUAAGGUAACCUGAUUGAUUUUCAUUGUAUAAUAAUGUUAUCAAGAGAUUGACAUUACAGUUAAUAUGUUUAGAUAUUUGAUUAACACUUUUUCAUGUCAGUAUUUGUUGUUAAUAUUGUAUAAUUGUUGGUCACCCUGUCUGAAUCAUAUGAUUUUUGCUUCCUCAUUGAUGUAUAGAAACAGAAGCUUUUUUUUUCAUUUCUCAGUCUCUUAAUUCACAUUGUUUUAACCAGUGUUAGCCAUGUUGAAGUCAUGUGAAAUGUUGAGAUCACAUGACAUGCUCCAUGGAGUCACAUGACAACCUGUUCCAAGUAAUUUCAUCUGUCAUGUGACAGAAAUGUGACCAUUUUCUCUGCUGGUAUAACAGUUCAUGAAAACAAGAAAUAAAAUUGUUUUAUAAAAUGUGAAUAGAA